ACACACCUAUCUAUCGAUGCAUAUACCUACAAACGAUAGAAACAAUCAUUGUUCUUUGUGUUUUUCACAGAGUGCCAGUUAAUGAAGACUGAAAGACCCCGGCCCAACACAUUUGUCAUUCGUUGCCUACAAUGGACCACUGUUAUUGAACGCACCUUUCACGUAGACAGCAAUGAGGAGAGAGAGGAGUGGAUGCGGGCAAUCCAGUCGGUGGCAAAUGGUCUGAAGAUGAGGGAACAGGAGGAGGAGGAACCAAUGGAUAUGUUUGGCUCACCCAGCGAAAGCAGCCUGGAGGAGAUGGAGGUGUCCAUGUCCAAAAAUCGCUCCAAAGUGACAAUGAGUGACUUUGAGUACCUGAAGCUUCUUGGGAAGGGGACAUUUGGGAAGGUGAUUCUGGUCAAAGAGAGGUCCACUGGAGUUCAUUAUGCCAUGAAAAUACUGCGCAAAGAGGUCAUCAUAGCCAAGGAUGAGGUGGCCCAUACAGUUACAGAGAGCAGAGUGUUACAACACACACGACACCCCUUCCUCACGACACUGAAGUAUGCUUUCCAAACCCAUGAUCGGCUCUGUUUUGUAAUGGAAUACGCUAAUGGAGGCGAGCUGUUCUUCCACUUGUCACGGGAGCGAGUGUUCACAGAGGACCGGGCACGCUUCUACGGGGCUGAGAUUGUGUCAGCGCUCGAGUACCUCCAUUCACGUGAUGUUGUUUACCGGGAUCUGAAGCUGGAGAAUCUGAUGCUGGAUAAAGACGGCCACAUCAAAAUCACUGAUUUUGGCCUUUGUAAGGAAGGCAUUACCCCUGACGCUACCAUGAAAACCUUCUGUGGUACUCCUGAAUAUCUUGCACCUGAGGUAAGGUACUGAAACUGACUGGGUACAACAUGUUAAACACAGUUUUGACCUCUACAAAAGCGCUCAUUUUCACACACACUAACGAAUAUAUAUAUAU